AUGCCUCCAACAAUAGCACCUCAAGGAUCUAAGAAGAUGCCGGAAUCUCCAAUGAAGAAAAAGGCUCUUUCUUCUCAACCAAAGAAAGUGGAAACUGUAAAGAAAUUGAAUAUUAGUAAUACAGAAUUGGGAACCUUUGAUUUUAAUGAACUAUUUGGAUAUGAAUAUUUGUAUGCCAGAAAUGGAGAUUUACCAAAAACUUUAAAUAUUCAAGUUGAAUUUCCAUUGUUGAGAGUAUUGGAUUUGAGUUCAAAUAAUAUUGAGAACUUAUCCUUCUUGUCUUAUAUGCCAGUUCUUAAACAUUUAUUUUUGACACAUAAUAAGAUUACUUCUCUCAUGUCCAUGCCAAAUCUCAAGGAAUUGGAAUCCUUAAUUCUUGGAAACAACUCGAUCAGUGAAUGGGACGGUCCUGCUCUUCCUAAAUUAAGAGCUUUUAGUGCUCCAAAUAAUCGUAUUAAGAACUUUCAAAAUGUAAAAUCAUUCGAAGAGCUUGAUUCUUUAGAUCUCUCAGAUAACCCAAUUGUAGAAAUUAACAAGUUCAAAGAGAUAGCCAUAGCUCUAUUCAGUAAAUUGAGAUCAUUGAAUAGAGAACUGCUUAGCGAUGAGACUCUUGAAAAUGCAGCAAAUUAUAGAGGAACAAUUUCAGAAUCAGUAUUGCUAGGUUUAUUAAUUCCUUAUGAAGAAGAAUUUGAAGAGUUUGAAAAGUUAAAAGCUUUUUCAAAAGAUUGGCUUCUUGAUGCUCAAAGGCAAAUUUCAAAAGGAACACCAUUCCAUUUGUUAAACUAUUGUUUUGAUUGUCAAAAUCCUGUAGAAGAGGAAGAAGUAAGAUUCUUCCCUGUUUUUAAGGUAGAUACAAAUCAAGAUUACUCAGUUGAGGCAUUAGGAAUGGGAUUUUUAGAAAUUGAUGUUCCAGAAGGAAAGUGGUCAAAGAUUGUAUUUGAGAAGAAUGAGCAUUUGGCUUCUUUUGAUGUGGUUGCAGAAGAAAAACUUACCUUACUAGUUCCUGUUGGCCCACAUUCAUUUUACUUUGCUAACGAAUCAGGAAGAUCCGAGGUAAUAUCUGCUGAUGUCAAUCAAGUACCAUCUGAGGGAUCAAGUUUCAAAAUUGAAAUUGUUUGGUAUAAUGGAGCUGUUGGUACUUGUUAUAUAGCUGUCUUUGAUGAUAUUUCAACUACUUUAGGUGCUUCUCUUGUUUUCAAGCAACACACCAACAAACUCAUUUCUUUUGAGGAUACUACUGGAGAAGUAUUAGCUGGAAAGCCAUACUGUUCUUCUCUUGACAUUAUUGGUACAGUGAUGGAAGGAGAAACAAUAGAGGCCACAAGCUCAUUCAAGGGAGGUAUCGAGGGAGAAUCAAGAUUCGAAUGGAGAUUAGUUAUCGAUCCUUCAGAGAACAUAGAAGAUGCUCCAAUUGUUGGAACAGGUAAAUCUUAUAAGAUUGCUUGCUCUGAUUAUUCAAAAUAUUUGGUUCUUUCUUAUACACCUGUCAGAAAUGAUGGUGUGGAAGGUAUUUCCAUUUCCAAAGUUUCCUCCCAAGUAGAAUCCAAGAAGCCAAGUAUUUUUGACAUAGUUCUUUCUGAAAAAUUUGAACAAGAUCAACCAUCAUCGGUUUCUUACUCGUUUACUGGUGGCAUUGAAGGUGAAUGUACUUUCCAAUGGCUAGUUGAGGAAGAUGGUGUGUUCAAGUUGCUUAACGGAGCAAUCUCGAAAGAUAUUAUUCCUGGAGAAGAUCAGGUUGGUAAAAGACUUAAAUGUGUUGCCACACCUGUAAAUACUGAUGGUAAAAUUGGUGAUACUGUCGAAGUUAUCUCCAAUGUUGUUGCUCCUGCUCCUCCUGCCUUUGUUGAUGUUUCUGUAGAAAGCGAAAAGUUUGCUGAAAAUGAUAGUAUCACAGUUCAUACUACUUAUUAUGGAGGAUUUGAAGGAAAUUCUGAAUUCGAAUUCUUCAGGGUUGAUGAAAAUGGUGAGGAAAAAAUUGAACAUGCAAACGGAAAGAAAUAUCAAAUUAAUUUGAGUGAUAUCAGAAAGGAAAUUAAAAUAGUCUGCACUCCUGUUAGAAGUGAUGGAAUUAAGGGAGAAUCAGUUGAAGUUAAAACUCCAAAGAUAGAACCAGAUAUUCCUAGAAUUUCAGAACCAACAAUUGAAGGAGUGCUAACAAUAGGGGCAUUGUUAAAGGUUCACUACAAAUAUGAAGGAGGAACAGAAGGGCUUACUAUCAUUAAUUGGUACAGAAGUUGUCAACUUCCUACUGAAAUUAUUAAUUCAGGCUCUCUGCCACCAGUAGAAGAAAUAUCUUUUGACCAAAUGGUAGCUGAGCAAACGCCUAAAUAUACUGUCCAAAAAGAAGAUAUAGGUUGUAUGUUUAAGGUUGAAAUUACUCCUGUAAGAGAUGAUAUGGCUAAAGGAGAAAAGGUUGUUGCGUUCACUUCCACAUUUGUUGAUCUUCCAGUUCCAAAAAUUGAAAAUGUAAAAAUAAGAUACGAAGGAAGAGAAGAAGGAGCUGAAUUAAGUGACGGGUGCACCCUCCUUGGAGAGUCUCAAUAUUCCUCCAUCACAGAAGAAUCUCUGAGAGAGCACAAGUGGCAUAUUAUUGAUGGAACUUCAGGUGAAUGUGUGGACUCUUCAAUUGACACUAAUGCGCUGGUAGUAGACGAAACCAUGUUUAAUAAGAAAUUCAGAUAUCUUUGCAGAUCUACUGACAACCUGGGUCAACAAACACUUUGGACAGGUAGUGAUUUGAGCCCUUUGGUUAUUCCUUCAAAACCUUAUAUUGAAUCUAUUAGUUUGAUGGGGCAACUUGUUGAAGAAGGAAAUAUCCAUGUAAAGGAUGUAAAAGGAAAAGGAUUUGAUAUGGUGUAUACAACUUGUGAAUGGUACAGAGUGUCAGGAGAUCAAGAAGAAAAAGUGACAUCUGGAAUUAACUAUCAUAUUUCUUUGGAAGAUAUUGGUUGUAGACUUAAACUUGUUCUAACUCCAAAAAGAACUUCUCCUUACACUCAUAUUAUUGGAAAGCCUUUCGAACAAAUUACUGAGGAAGUUCAACCUGCCAAACCAGAAGGCACCUGUAAGCUUGUUGGUUCUUUUGUUGAAGGCGAAACAAUCAAGUCUGAAUUCACAUAUUCAGGAGGUUUUGAAGGUGAAUCAAGAUUUAUUCUCUCUGUUGUUGCUGAAGGAAGGGAAUCAGAAGUUGUUGCUGAAGGAGUACUUGGUGCUGAAUUGGUUAGUUAUUGUUGUAGAACACAGGAUAUUGGAAAACAAAUUUUGUUAGAGUUCUUCCCAACUAGACAAGAUGGCGUGGUUGGAGAAAAGGUGUCAUUCAAAUCUGCAAAAGUUGAAGGUGCUCUUCCAUGCAUUAAGAGUCUUCAAUUCAAACAAGCAAAGAAUGAUCAAGUUACACCUCUCGAAGAUGGAGUAUUGCAAGCAGAGUCUGUUUACUAUGGUGGAAUAGAAGGUAGUAGUAUGAAAAGAUGGAGACGCUUAGAUGGAUCUAAGAGUGAAGUUGUUGCGAUUGACAUUAUGCAGUAUAGUGUUACAACCAAAGAUAUUGGAAAAGUAAUACAAUUGGAAUAUCUACCAAUUAGAAAUGAUGGUGUUAAAGGAAAGGAAGCAUAUAUCAGAAGUAACCCAGUUCAAGCACACAAUCCAUCAAUCAAAAAUGUUGUUGUUACUGGAAAUUCUAUUGUAGGUGGUAAAUUAAGUGUAUCAGGUGAAUACUAUGGUGGAAUUGAGGGUAAAUCAAUAAUUCAGUGGUUGAUAUCUUUCAGUGGUGUAAAUGGUCCUUUUGUUCCUCUUUCCCAGUUUGAUAACUCUAGUGCUAUUGAAAAUGAUGGAAAAGGAAGCUCUGUUGUUCUUUCACAUAAGUGUUUAAUGGGAUUCAUCAAGGCACAAUAUAUCCCAGUAAGAAAUGAUAACGUCAAAGGAACUGCAGUUGAAAGCAAUGUUGUAGAGGUUGGUUUGGAUAAAUCCAUUAAGGAAAAACUCAUUCAUGCUAUUUCUCAAUCCACUAUUAUCGAGUUUUGUGAAGGUAGUGUGAUUGAAGUAAGUAGCAAACAUUUGGCUUAUGGAGACCAAAAACCAUCUAAUAAGGAAAAGUGGACAGGAGAGCAAUUACCGGUCGCUUUUGUCGCUCCAAAUUCAGUAGAAGUGUCAUUUAAGAAGAAGGGAAAUGUUAAGUUCACAAGUAAGGAAGCUCUGUAUUUGUAUUUCCUUGUCCAAGCAUUCCAGUUAUUUAGCACAGACACUAGUGCCUCACUUUUCGGGGAACCAUUCUCAACAGCAUGGAAGAAGGGCAAAAACAUUCCUGAGGAAUUCAAGAAUAUCACAGUUAAUGUUCCUUCGGAUUUCUCAACAAGAGAUGACGUAAAGAUCGUCAUGUUUCUUCUCAAAUAAAGCAAUUAAUUUU